UUUGGAAUUUCACCGACCACUUCCUCAAAGAAGUGCCUCAAAGCCCUCUGAACUUUGUAAAGGCUGCAAGGAAGCCAUCGAUAAAGUAAAAAAGCUCUACAAUCAAACAUGGAAAAAGCAGGAGGAGAAUUACCACAGAUUCAGAUUACAGCUGAACAUCAAUUGCAAUGGAUCCAACAAUGGCAUUAUCACUCAGGAAAACACUCCAGUGGGAUCUAAGAUUGUCUGUGAUAAGGACAGGACUGUCAUUCCCGUGACCCCAGUGCUUUUCAAGGCCUUUAUCAAAGAAAAUCCUUUCUCAAAAAAGAUAUGGGACACUUGUUCAGUUGUUGGGAGCGCUGGGAUUCUGACAAACAGCGGCUGUGGAAAAAGAAUUGAUUCAGCUGAUUUUGUUUUUAGGUGCAACCUACCUCCUCUGGAAAAUGAAUUUAAGAAUGAUGUUGGCAUAAAGACUAACCUUGUGACAGCAAACCCAACCAUCUUCAUAAAUAAGUAUGGGUCACUGACGGGACGUCGCCGGCCGUUUGCAGACAGCCUCCACCAGUAUGGCAACUCCCUGCUCCUCUUUCCUUGCUUCUCCUUUGGUUUUAGUAGGGGUGUGUGUCAGCGGGCUGUGUAUGCCAUUGAGGACAUGAAAAUGCCUAUUCAACCAAUCUUCUUAAACCCUCUGUACCUUGAAAGACUGGUCAAAUUCUGGAAAUCCCAGGGGUUAAAGGAAUAUCGACCUAGCACUGGAUUAUAUAUAACUAGUCUGGCCCUGGAAUUAUGUGAAACAGUGCAUCUGUAUGGAUUCUGGCCCUUUAGUAAUCACCCAGAUAGUCUCUUUCCCCUAAAUAACCACUACUAUGAUAAUGUACCAUAUAAUGCAAGAGUCCAUUCAAUGCCAAAUGAGUUUUACAACUGGGUACAGCUGCACAAUAAGGGUGUGCUCAAGCUUCACCUUGGAGACUGCAAAUCAGGUCAGGUCUAGUUUAAAUGAUGGAAUAAAAAAAAUGCUUAAGUGUCCAACUGCGAAGCCAAGACAUUUUCACUGAAAUCAAUAUGUAUUAGUCAGAAGUAGGCUACAUAUUACUUUAAAAGUCUUACAAUAUAUCUCCAAAUCUCUUUAAUCUUAAAACUGGUGA